UAAAUGGUUUACGUGAAAGUUAUAGUGUCUACAAAUGGCAGUAUAUAUACUGCAAUUUUUUUUUAUACCAGUAAUGGCGGCGGUGGGCAUUCUGACACUGGGGGGGGGGGGUGGACUGACUAACUGUCACUGACAUCCCCAGUGACACCAAUACAGUGACACUGUACUAAUGGCACUGGGUAGGAAGGGGUUACCAUCUGGGGCGAUCAAAGGGUUAACUGUGUGUGCUGUUUUACAGUUUGCUGUGUGUGUGCUUUACUCUCCAGCACACUGCUUUGUAUGGCUCUACAUAGCAGAGCCACACAAAGCAGUGUGCUUACAGUGUAAAGCACAGACACAGCCUCAUAUUAAAACAAACACAGCA